GUGUUUCUCCUCUGAUUUCUUUUCACCGUCAAAUAAACAUUUCUUGUGCCGUUUUGGCGUAAACACCGGAUUUCCUUAUCAGGGAGUGUGUGUACGAGUGGAGACUCACCAGGUGUGUGUGUGUGUGUGUGUGUGUGUGUGUCAGCUCGGCGGGGAGACUCGGACCCUCCAGCGCGGACUCCGCCGUUACCCCCACACGAGCUGCGAGAAUGAUGUCAUACCUCAAACAGGCCCCGUACGCCGUCAACGGCCUGGGGCUCGGGGGGGCGCCCAUGGAGCUCCUCCAUCCUUCUGUCGGGUAUCCGGCUAAUCCCCGGAAGCAGAGGCGGGAGAGGACCACAUUCACUCGCACUCAGCUGGACAUCCUGGAGUCUCUGUUCGCCAAGACACGAUACCCAGACAUCUUCAUGCGAGAGGAGGUGGCACUCAAGAUCAACCUGCCGGAGUCCAGAGUACAGGUGUGGUUCAAGAACCGAAGAGCGAAGUGCCGGCAGCAGCAACAGAACAGCAACAGCAGUAACACUGGCAGCGGUGCAAAAAUCCGGCCUGCGAAGAAAAAAGCCUCUCCCUUACGAGAGAGUCCCGGUUCAGAGAGCAGCGGCCAGUUCAGUCCUCCGGUGGUGUCAAACACCAGCUCGUCCUCAUCGUCCUCCUCAUCCUCUUCAAACUCAAACCUGGGUGGACUGGGUAUGAGUAGUAGCUCCUCAUCUGGGGCCACUCCUGUGUCGUCUAUCUGGAGUCCCGCCCCUAUAUCACCCCUUCCAGCUCCUCCGACCAUCCCGGACCCAGCGCCCCCGACCAGUGCGUCGUGCAUGCAGCGUGCGGUUUCAGGAAGUGGAGGCCCAGCUGGGGUAGCCUCCUUCCCUGUUUCCUACAACCAGACGCCCACUUAUGCCCAGAGUUACCCCAGCACUGCGUCCAGCUCAUAUUUCGGUAACAUGGACUGUAGCUCAUAUUUGGCGCCCAUGCACAGCCACCACCCGCAUCACCCCCAGCUGAGCUCCAUGGCAGGCACCGGGGUGUCUGGACACCACACGCACCCGCAUCACCCACACCACCUGGGGCAGAGCAACGGGCACCACCCUCACCAUCACCCGCACGCACACACGCACCAGGGCUACGGUGGUGCAGCACUCCCCUUCACCUCCUCAGACUGUGUGGAUUACAAAGACUACAAAGACCAAGCUGCUUCACCAUGGAAACUAAACUUCAGUGCAGACUGUUUGGACUACAAAGACCAGGCAGCUUGGCGCUUUCAGGUCCUGUGAGAAGUGUUUUUUUUUAAGCAUUUUAGGUUUUUUUUGUUUGUUUCGAAAGCCACCAAAACCAUCAGUUGUGCUCUAAAGACUUGAUGCAGGAGCCAGCUGAAAAUGGAUCUCGAGGUGGAAGUCUUCCAGUGGAGGAGAUAUUUUAGACUAUUCUAGACUGAUGUUGCAGGAUUAAUCCCAGGCCAAAGGUCUUUGGCUCUCAAGUCUGACGUCGGUCUGCCUUUACCGCCUUAAACAAGACGGAAAAAGCCCUCGCUGGGAAGUAAAGAGGGGUAAAAACUAAAUACUGUUCCUUCUCCCUUCUGAUGUGUAUCCUGGAUUAGCUGUAAUUGGGCUGUAAUUGGGUACACUAAACAGAUCCACAUAUUCCCUCUCCAUCUCCUUGCCUUCCUCAAUCCACGGCAACUCGCUGCACUUGGACGUCUUGUGUGUCUAUGAAGGCAAUAAAUACAAACUAAAAUUAUUCAGUACGAUUGUCUUGCAACAGAGAAAAACUCAAAUGUGAACCAAACCUUUUUUCUGUGAAAUGUAAAAAAAAAAAAAAAAAACGAACUGACCCUUUUUUUGCGUUACGUUCAUGAAAUAAAAUAUGUUUUAAAUCAAA